GCAGUGAGUCCGUCGUUUGUCAUCAUUUCCCGUCGGGCUGCGCGCGGGGGGAGAAGAUGGCAGCAUUGGGGGAACCUGUGAGACUGGAGCGGGAUAUUUGUAGAGCAAUUGAAUUAUUAGAAAAACUACAAAGGAGUGGGGAAGUACCACCACAAAAACUUCAGGCUUUGCAAAGAGUCCUUCAAAGUGAGUUCUGCAAUGCUGUAAGAGAGGUAUAUGAACAUGUUUAUGAAACUGUGGAUAUCAGCAGUAGUCCUGAAGUGAGAGCUAAUGCUACUGCCAAGGCUACUGUUGCUGCCUUUGCUGCCAGUGAAGGACAUUCUCAUCCUCGAGUUGUUGAAUUACCAAAAACUGAAGAGGGACUUGGAUUCAAUAUUAUGGGAGGCAAAGAGCAAAACUCUCCCAUCUACAUUUCUCGGAUUAUUCCUGGUGGUAUAGCUGACAGACAUGGGGGACUGAAACGUGGGGAUCAACUCCUAUCUGUUAAUGGAGUGAGUGUUGAAGGAGAACACCAUGAAAAAGCUGUGGAACUGCUAAAAGCAGCACAAGGAAAAGUUAAAUUAGUUGUGCGAUAUACACCUAAAGUCUUAGAAGAGAUGGAAUCAAGGUUUGAAAAAAUGAGGUCAGCAAAACGCAGGCAACAGACUUAAUAUACUCUUCAUACCCUGUAUUAAUAAACUUUGUAUUCCAUUUUGCAUUUAGCUAAAAGUUUUACUUAGGACCUACUGAGGGCUGCACUGACCGGGAUUGUAUAAAAAAAAGUUCUCAUAAAAUAGUAUUUACCAUUUUAUAAACACCUGUCUUAACAUCAUUUAUGGUUACAGAAAAGCUUUCCCUUUUUUUCUGACAAAAAAAGUAAAAGGCAAUGAGGGCAGUUCUGUCCAGCUCUUUUUACAAACCUUUUUCAAAUGCAGUUUUUGUCAUAAAGUUGUUAUAGACUUUUAAAAAAAAAUGCUUUUUAAAUAUUAAAGUGUACUUUUACAUUCAUAAUUUUUAAAAGCUUCGUUUGACUGCUUAUUUAAAGGUAACAGGUCUUUUGACUCUUUUUUGCUAUUUUUUUAACCUGUGAAGUUUCUUUAUAGUUUUACAAGAAAUGAAGCAUCCCAUCAAAAAUCACAGUUUCAUCACAAUCUCUAUUACAUAGUCAAUACUAACAUCACUAUUUGAUGAACACAUAUAUAAUUUAUGCAAUUUUAACUCAAUAUGACAUUUGAGGUUUUUUACCAUUAUUUGAGACAUAUGCAAUGAAUAUUUAUUUAUACUGAUUUGUAAAAACAAAUUUUUUAAACCGAAACAAUCAUUCCUAAGAAGUGUUAUUCUUUCAUUAUAUUUGAAUAGUAGGAGAAGAAGAUGUAAUUUGAUUGUGUUAUCCCUGAUUACAUCUCUUUCUAACUAAUUUGUAUUCAGCAAAACAUCUUAAGUCUUAAAAUACCAAGAGCUAUUUCAAACUUCAUCUUUUUCAUGCAUCUCUUUAUUCUCUUUUGGUGGCAUUCAUUUUUAUUUAGAUAAAUCCAUAUGUUGCAAUCCUGUCAUUUGUAGACAUGAGCCAGUGUUCUUAGGGGAGAAGAAUAGUAGACACAGUAAAAGCAGUAAUAUCAUACUAGCCCAAUAAGUUACACUUUUUAUUGACCCAGCUUUGAAUGAAGAUUUUAAAUGAAAGGAAAAUAGAAGUAUGUAUUCACAAUGUUAGUUAAUUUUUAAUUUAUUCAUUCACAAUAAUGUGUCCAAGUGGCAGAUUUUUUGCUCUGGUAGAGAAUCGCCAAAUGGAAUGUGCAACACUGAUCAUGAUUCAGAUGAUAAUGAUGAAAACUUAAGGGAAUACCUCAUUCAUUUGUCUACUGGUUGUCACUGUUUCUCUGAAAGGCAGCUAUAAGUAUACCUUCAACAUUGGUAAAGUAAUUUUCAAAGACUGAAAUUAGAAGAGAGGUAUAUUCUUCUUUGGUCAAAGAUUAUAUUAGAUAGGAUUUUUUUCCCCUUAAAUCUAAUAAAUGACAGACGUGAAAAGGAAGAUCAAAUGUUGAACUAAGGUGAGAAAACUUUGCAUAAUUAUCUGACCUGUUGUAAAAAGUUGGCAUUUUGUAAAAUUUCUAAAGGACAAUUAGAAAUAUAUACUUUUUCUGCAUGUUUGUUAGUACUGUGAGUCUUUAAACCUUAUUCCAGUUUCCAGUGAUUUUAAUAGUAAGGAAUAAAUCGCAACAUUGUUAUUUAUCAGUUAGGUAUUGAGCACUGGAUUGCAUGGUUGAAUAUGUCUUUAGUCCACUACAAAAUGUUUCUUGUAUUGGUAAUCUCAUGUUGUUAAACUGUAUAUUUUUCAGGAUUAACUGAUGUUUUAAAAUGUUGAGACCAAAAUAGUAUAGAAUUAUGGACAUAUUUUAAUUUAAGUGGAAAAUUAUUAGAAAUAUUUGUUGUAGAGUUUUAUAUAUUAAAGAGAGGUAUUGGUGCAAAUAAAAACAAUAAUAUUAUUGUAAAACUUGUAUAUCUUGCAUUACAGAGAAAGCAUACCCUAAAGAAAUCUUAUUUUAGUAUAGCUACAGCUGCAAUAGUUUUUAAGGGUGUGUCAACAUUUCAUUAUAAAUUAUGGCUUCCUGGUUCAGCAUCUCAGCUGUUUCAACUCUGUCAGCCAAGUUAAAUCUUUUUUGGUGUUGAAAUUUAGUAAGUUGAGUAAGCUAUUUUUUUCUUCUUCGGUAAUCCACAAUCUGUUCUUUGUGUGGGUUGGCACCUUUUUGUAACUCUUAAAAUAAAGAUAGCUUAAAGGGAGCCAAGUACAGUAGUUUCACUUGAGCUACUGCUAAGCAUGAGUAGUAGUAGCAUUUUGUUCUCAUUAAAUUCAGUCUUCUCAGUUUAACCUAGGUCUCAGAGAUUAGUUAUAGAUAACAUCUAAUACAAAGAUGUCAGAUAUGAACAUUAGGAAAAGGGAACUUUGGUCUUUGAACUCCUUGACAAAUUAAAUUUUAACGUGGUGUCACAAUAAAAACAAUUGAUUUUAAUUCAAAAAAUGAUUAUUAAAUCCACCAUUUAUGUGCAAGGUAUAAUGCCAGGCAGUAGGCAAGAUAGUCCCAGCUGUCAAAGAUCAUGACUUUAUAAGAGGGUAUAGGGCAUCUACACAGAAAAAAGUAAAUAAAAAGUAACUUAGGAAAGGUUAGAUCACUAAUGACCGAGGGAAUCAGGGUAAGCUUCAUGAAUAAGGAGGUUGAUGCUUUUCUCAAAAGUUUUUAUUUUUUUCCUUUUUACUCUAAGAGGCAUUCAUUGGUGAAAGGAAAAUGGGACAGAAUAAAAGACUAGGAGCAGGCAGUUGUCUUUUCCCUUGUUUCGGGACCCUAUGUACACAGGACUCUUUGUGACUGGAACUUCAGAUUAAUUCAGUUGGUAGUAAAUGUAAUUAUCUUCUACAACUUGCCAUUAUUUUUUAAAAAAUCAUUAGUGAUUAGGAUUUGCUAAAGUUAUUUAGCAGCCUACCUUUUUUUUUUUUAAUUAAAGCAUGCCAAUGGCAAUAUUAAAUUUUUAACUAUGCCUGGGAUAUUUUUCUCUAGAAAUGAAUUCGAAUAAUAGCUAUGUAUGUGUAAAUAUAUAUAUAUACACACACACAUAUGUAAUAUUCAUGUGUGUAUAUAUACAUAUAUUUACAUAAAAAUAAAGAUGCUCACUAUUUGGGAGAGCAAAAAGAAUGCAAGUGAGAAAUAUGUUUUUUGACAAUUUCAAAACAAUUUUAUAUGACUUGAUUCUUUCAUCAUUAGUAUAAACACUAAAUAACAGUAGUCUGGUUUUGUGCAACCUGAAGAUCCAAAUGUGUUUAAAAGAUACCAUCAUGAUUUUAUUUUAUUUUGCUGUUUUCCAAAUUAGCUUUGUUAAAGUACUUUGUUUACAUUUAAUAUCGAUAUUGCAGCAUUUAAUAGAAAAGAUGGUGAUAACUAAAUAGAAUAUGAGCAUGACUUGGUGUGGAUUUAAAAAGAAUACAUGUUGUCGAGAUUUUAUUAUGUGGGAAAAUCAUUUGAAACAUCAACUACUCUUUAAUAAUUGUAUUUCCUGAAUAAAUGUAUGUUUAUGACUUUUCUAACUUAAA